AUGUCUCUUGUUAAGAACUCCACGCAUUUACUACUAUACUCUUUCGCCUUUGGCGGCACGGCUUUCUACGGCUAUGUCUUCUCUCCUAUUGCGUUCAAGACUUUGGAUCGUGAAACCUUUUCGAGCAUCCAGAAUCGGAUGCUCGAACUGGUGUUCAAGGUGCAGACUGUUGCGCCGAUUGUGAUCGGACUCACGGCCCCUUUUCCGCUUGCGACACCGACACUUGCUACCCUCUUACCUGCCACUGCUACUGGGGCUGUUAACCUUUUCUGGCUGUUACCAUGGACACGGAGGGUGAAGCGUGAGAGACGUCAAGCUGCAAAGGAACUUAGCGGCGAUGAGCUCGAGGCAGUCGAUGCUCCGCUACGCAAGGAGUUCGGACGUUCACACGGACUCAGCCUACUAUUCAACAUGCUACACACAGCCAGUAUGCUUGCAUAUGGCGUCUUCCUUUCUAAAAGCUUGUUCAAGUAUGUGCGUAGGGUGUAG